GUAUCAACGUCAGAGUAAUUUUGCAGAGCUCCAAUGGCUUCCACCGACUUUUCAUUAAUCGUUUUUGCGUUCUUACCAUUUGUUUUCAUAAUCAUCUCUGGAAUGUCGAGGGGAAAAUUGAGUGGGGUUGUCCCAUGGAAUUGGCCCAUCCUGGGUAUGAGGCCCACCGUAGUCGGCCAUAUCCACCGAGCCCAUGAUCGUAUAACCGAAGUCUUACACGAAGCUGGCUCUACUUUCUUCUUCAAAGGCGUUUGGUUUACAGGUCUCGACUUCUUGAUCACCGUCGACCCUUCAAACAUCCACCACAUUUUGAGUGCCAAUUUCGGAAGCUACCCAAAAGGCCCUGAUUUCAAGUACAUUUUCGACGUUUUGGGAGACGGAAUUUUCAACUCCGACUCCGAUGCUUGGAAAAUUCAACGCAUAACCGCUCAUUCCCUGUUCCGUCAUCAUAAUUUUCUCCAAUUCUUGGAGAAAAUUACGUUGCAGAAGGUGAAACAAGGGUUGAUUCCAAUACUUGAAAGUGUUUGUGAAAAUGGGUCGGUGUUGGAUUUGCAAGAUUUGUUCCAGAGAUUCUCGUUCGAUUCAACUUGUCAGCUCGUCACUGGCUUCGACCUCAACAGCUUAUCUCUUGAAUUCCCUCAAGUUCCAUUCUCAAAAGCCAUGGACGACGUAGAGGAAGUGAUUUUUCUCCGCCAUGUUUUUCCCAAAAGAUUAUGGGAAUUCCAGAAGAAAUUCCAAAUUGGACAAGCCAAGAGACUGAAACAAGCUUGGGAAAUCAUAGAUCAAACCAUCGCAAAAUUGAUAGCCGCCAAAAGACAGAGCAUGAAUCAGCUGAAAAACGAAGACCCAGAAGGGGGAAUUGAUUUAAUGUCAUCAUACAUGAAAAACAGAGAAAAUGACGACAAGAUGUUAAGAGACACGGUCUUAAAUUUCAUGCUUGCAGGCAGAGACACUGUAAGUUCAGCUCUGUCUUGGUUUUUCUUCUGUCUUGCAAACAAUCCGACAGUCGAAUCAAAGAUAAGAGAAGAGCUCGAAACAACGAUUCCAACGAGCGAAGCUCGUUGUCAAUGGCGGAUAUUCUCGAUCGAAAAGUUAGAUAAAUUAGUAUACUUCCAUGGGGCAUUAUGCGAAGCUCUUAGACUAUACCCACCAGUACCACUCCAACACAAGGUGUGUGUACAGCCCGACAUUCUUCCAUCAGGGCAUCACAUAAACCCCAAAACAAAGAUACUAUUUUCAUUAUACGCAUUGGGAAGAAUGAGCGAUGUGUGGGGGAAGGAUUGCAUGGAGUUCAAGCCAGAGCGAUGGAUAUCAGAAACAGGAAGGAUCAAGCACAUGCCGUCUUACAAAUUCUUGGCGUUCAACGCAGGGCCAAGGACUUGCUUGGGAAAGCAAGUGGCAUUCACUGAGCUCAAAAUAGUGGCAGCCGCCAUUAUCCAUAACUACGCGAUUGUUCAAGAAACAGGGCAGGCGGUUGUUCCAAGUGCUUCCGUUAUUCUUCAUAUGAAGCAUGGAUUCAAGGUCAGGGUAACAAAGAGAUGGUGACUCAAUUUUUGUUCUUCGUGUGAGGGUUGGAUUUU